AUGUCGGACCAACACGUCCCAUUCAUGAGCAACGAAGAUGGCUCCUUGGAUCCCGCGAAUUUCAUCAGUCCAUCUCUGGAAGCGUGGUGGGCUGAUCUGUUGAACGUCGAUGCUGGAGACGCGGCCGCCACGGGAGACGCGGCCACCAGUGCAGAGGCCAACGAACUGCUCGAGUUGAUGAUGUUAGCGGGCGAAACUAUGGAGGGCGACAAUGUUUUCAUUCGAGUUGACGGACUCCGUCUAGCGCGCUACGGUUUUUACGAAGAAAACGACAGCGCUCUAGCAUCGUCUGCUGACGUGUUCACCACGUGGGGCAUUCAGCCUGUUAGCGGUUCUUUCGAUCCUCUUGGCGUGACUCACGCCGCGAAUCCCGUCGUGAUAGGCGACGAUUCUGCUCAGCAGACGGGGACUGCGCGUCUGGAAGUCGCAUUGGCAUCAGCACGUGACGCGGCGGCAGAGCAGCCGCAAUGCGGGACCCACAACGACAAUCCCGCCGCGAAAGCAGGCGAUUCCACUCAGCAGACGGAGACUGCGCGUUCGGGAGUCGAAUUGGCAUCGGCACGUGACGCGGCGGCUGAGCAGCAGCAUGGGAGCCAGGGUGUUGGCGUUGGUGCUACCGUCGAUGCUAGUGCAAAAGGCGACGCCAUGGCAAAGCAGCAGCACGGGAUCCCUGGCAUUGCCGUUUCAGACGCUGAUGCUGUCGCUGAUGCAAAAGGCGGCGCCACGGCAAAGCAGCCGCACCGAAGCCAGGGUGCUGUAGCUGGCGCUGCCGUUGGAGGUACUAAUGGUGCUCGUAAUGGCGGUACGGGGCUGAACAUCACAGAACUGACGGAGCAGAUCAGCCGACACAGAGGGGAGGCGGGUGCAAGUGAUACGAGUGGUAACAACGACGGCGCGACGGCUGUGUCGACCACCAACAUGCAGCGAGUUUCGGCGCCGCGCGACAUCGGAACAUAA